UUAUAGAAAAAUCAUAAUCCUCAUUUCCAAGCAAUUAUCUUUUUCACAUUCCAUCAGCAAAGGCUCCCCCUUUUUCUUUCCAACUGUGCUAAAACAUCAUGUAAUAUGCAUAUGAAUUAAUAUCUCAGCUUUCCCCCCUUCCUUUGAUUCUCAAGUGGAAAUUCUAGCUUUUGUUGAUGGGGAAUUGCUUUGGAUUUCAAGCUGCUGCCGAUCCGAACCCUAGCUCUGCCAACUCUAUCAAACCCUCCUCCACUCCAGGGACUUCUCGAGAUUACAGCAAUAGUGGAGGGACAUCGCGGGAAUACAGCAACGGUGUAGGCCAUUCUGCAACGAGCAGUAGCGCUGGCCUCAGCCGAUUCUCAGCUGCUUUCAGUGACGAUGGGCGUGCGGGUUCAGGAGACAUACUGCCCACUCCGAAUUUGAAGGUUUACAGUUUUAGUGAUUUGAAGACUGCGACGAGGAGUUUCAAGUCUGAUAUGGUUUUGGGAAUAGGGGGUUUUGGCACUGUGUAUAAGGGAUGGGUGGAUGAGAAGAGUCUGCAGCCUUCUAAACAAGGGACUGGGAUGAUGGUUGCAAUCAAGAAGUUGAAUCCUCAGAGCAUGCAGGGCUUUGAAGAAUGGCAGUCAGAAGUGAACUUUUUGGGAAGGUUGACACAUCCCAACUUGGUUAAACUCUUGGGAUACUGUUGGGAAGAUAAAGAAAUGCUGCUCGUCUAUGAAUUUAUGCAGAAGGGAAGCCUCGAAAACCAUCUUUUUAGACGAAAUGCUUCUACAGAACCAUUGCCGUGGGAUAUAAGACUCAAAAUAGCGAUUGGAGCAGCAAAGGGGCUGGCUUUUCUGCAUGCCUCGGACAGUAUCUAUCGAGACUUUAAGGCCUCAAACAUUCUUCUUGACGGGAGUUUCAAUGCAAAAAUAUCAGAUUUUGGGUUGGUGAAACUGGGGCCUUCUGGAGGGAAUUCUCAUGUCACAACCCGGGUGAUGGGAACAUAUGGCUACGCUGCACCCGAAUACAUUGCAACAGGACAUCUAUAUGUGAAGAGCGACGUGUAUGGGUAUGGCGUGGUGCUGCUGGAGCUGCUGACAGGCUCGAGAGCCCUUGACACGCAACGGGCACAGCAGAACCUGGUGGAUUGGAUGAAGCCCCUUCUCUCCCAGAAACGGAAACUGAAAACCAUCAUGGAUGCGCGACUACAAGGCCAGUAUUCGUCCAAGGCAGCAGCACAGGCUGCUCAACUCACCCUCAGAUGCUUGGAGCAAGAGCCCAGAAAGCGGCCUCCAAUGAAAGAGGUGGCUGAGGUCUUGGAACAGAUUGCAGCCAUGGAAAAACCGAGAGUGUCCAAGAGUAGUAGGUCGACGCAUUCUGCCUCCUCGUCUCUCCACCACAAACAAUCGCCCAGAUCGCAUCACUCGAGAAGAUAGAUGAUGAUCAAAGGUGGUUUAACACUCAAGUGUAUAUGGUGUUUUUGCAUUUUAGUUGUUACUCUUAACAAAUGCUCCAUUCUUUUUCCAAGGAAUUUGUGAAGUUGGUUUGAUUAAUGUAUGUAUUUGAGAAACAUGAGUAUGCCAAUGUAUUCAUUUGUGGGAUUUAUUAUUCCCUCUUAAAAUUGGUUGUUAUAUCACAGGUUAUUGAUGACUUCA